AUGCCCCCACGUCUUUCGCGCUGCUGCUGCGCCUGGGCAUCGCGGCUGCUGGGCGCCUCAGCCUUGCUCUUUAUUUGCUUUUCCUCCCUCGUGCUGCGUCCCAUCCCCCAGUCGCGGGUCGGCGACAACGUGGGUGCAGGCUCCUCGCCGUCGCUGCGUACAGGAAGCACUUGCUACACGGGGCACUCGCUGUUCGCGGCGGCCGCCGAAGACCAGAGCCGGGCGGGUGGCGAAGCGGCGGAUGAGGCGACUGCGGGCGCCAGACGCGACGAGGACGGCGCAGGCCCUGGGGACCCACGGUGGGGACGAGCGGCCCGCGCGUCAACUGGAGGGCCUUCGGACGACGAGGAUGCAGAGGGUCGAGUCAAACGGCGCGAAAGAGCGAAGGAGAAGCUCGCGAGGGGCGAGACUCUCUCCGCGUCGCGGGACGGAGGCGGCUCAGGCGAGGCCCGCGCAAGUAACGACGGCGCGCAAGCGGCUGCACACUCUUUCGAGGAAAAUUCGUACUGGUUCUCGCGAGGCCCCUGGCUGUACCUGGGCGGCGCCCCGCCUGCGGUCCGCAAAGCCGGCGCGCCUCAAAAGGCCGGCCCAGAGAACAUCGCGAGUCUGCUCAACCACGUCGGCGGCCUGAACCGUGAGCUCGCGCUGGAUCUCCAGGGAAAACAAAUUCUGACCACGCAGAUUAUCGACUCGACGGCGCUCGCACUCAACGCGAAGAGUCAGCAGCUUGGCGGGCUCGAGAAGGCGAUCGGCACCCUGAAGUCGAAUGCCCGCCUGGGUCAGUGGAGGAUAGGCAAGUUCUUGGACCUCAUGCGCGUGCGAGCCGCAGAGCGGCAAGCGCUUUUCCUUGACCGACUGAACAACGUUCGCGAUCGCAUCAACGGCGUGGCAGGGUCGGUCGUCUUGCAGACGAUGGGGGAACUCCGCGGCGUCGUGGAAUACCUCAGGAGCGAUGCCGACGCGCUUCUCCUCGGCGAAAAGUACAGCAGCCGAUUCAAGCAAGUCGAGUUGCAAGUUCAGAGCAACGCGACGAAGCUCCAAGAGCUCCGCGGGACGUUGGAACAAGCUCGCGCGCGCGUUUCGACAUGGGCUGACGGCAUCUCGGAUAUCAUCGAGCAGAUGGGGCGGAACGCGUCGCUGCUUGUUCAGGCUGGGCAAGAGAGGUUCGUGGACGCGACUGCGUUGAUCCUGAAACAGAAGGAAGAGGAGUUUUCUCUCGUUCUUUCGACCCCGCGCGUCGAGCUGACCUACGUGGACAUGGUUGUCGACCGCAUUCUGAGCGACUUCAAAAAGCAAAGCGUCAGCAUCGUGGACUUGAGUUCGUGGCUCAUCAACGGAAACAAGAGCGGCGCAGGCCUUGCGACGGUCGACGAGGUCGCCACGCGGCUGCUGGCUAGACUGCGAAGGCAGGACCCUCAUCUGAAUGUUCGCCCGGUCUUUUGCUACAUUCCGCCGUACGCCGCGGUCCGGAACCUGGAUCGCAUGCGGUUUCACGUCGUGCCGACUCCGAGGACUAUCCAGAUGGCACUCGCUCAGCUGCAGAAGGCUGGCAUCCCGCGCGGCUUUUCGCUUGUCUCCUUCAACCAGGUGCUAGUGGAGGCGCAGGUCGUCGCCUUCGACAAGUCGGGGCGACGUGCAACCUCGGCCCUCGCAUUGCUAGAUCCUCGAGAUAGCGACAGCGGCGGUGUGGUUCUGUCGCGAACUGACGUCUACGGCCUCGCCUUUCAGCGGAGUCUCGCCGGUCCCAACAAAGCCCUUGCGCUGCAGGCGCUGCGCGCCACGGGGCAGAAUGCGAAAGUCCUCAUUGUCUUCGCCGGAGAACGACCAGCGACGACUGCGGCUCAUCAGGCUUCGCUGAUGCAGCGGUCGGUUUCGUACUUGACCGAAGCGGGUCUCCGCGCGUACGAGUUCGCCACCUACUCGCGCGCGCCUGCGCCGGAACUCGAGCGGCUGACUAGGCGGCUGAACGCCGAGCUUCGCUUCUUCACGACGAUUGAGAGGAAUUGCAACAAGCGUCUCGUCUCCGCGCAGCUGCCCGAAGGCGCAGAGGAGUGGCUUCGCCUCCCGCCCGUCGACUUGGGUCUCUACAGAAUCUACCACUCCAGCAGGACUGCAGUUUUAGCCUCCUUCUCCGACGUGCCUCUGCCGGCGCUUCCUCUCUCGUCUCUGUUCAGGUCGUCGGUGGCUAUACUGCGGCUGGAGAUUGCGCGGUCGAGGCACGGGCGCCGCGAGUACGCGGCACCGCCGCGCGCAGCACUCACGCACGCGCUGUUGGUGCUUCUGGCGCAGCCGAUUGACGGCGAUGCCGUCGUGACGGUUCACACGCAGGUGACGUCUGACACGCGCUUGAGCUGGGUGAAGCGCAAGCGGGCGCGCGCGUCCGUGGUCCUGUCCACGAGCGUCGGUCCGCCGCUCUACGUGAGCAGCGUGGCGAUCGCGGACUUCCGGAGCGACUACGUAGCGCCCAAGGCGAUUCUCGAGUCGGUGGCUGACUACGUGGCCAGAAACUUCCUCUCGCAGAACUUCGUGAAGUACAGGCACAAGCUCGAGGGCCGCGUCGUGUAUAUUCAGAUCUGCCUCCUGGGGGUUCACUGCUGA